GGCGGCCCUUCCCGCCGCCCGGGCCCCGCUCUGCGUCACUCGCCGGGCGCCGGGGACCGGCAGGCGGGACGGAGUGAGGCCAGCGGCGAGGGAGAAGCUAUUAUGGCUGCUACAGUGAACUUGGAGCUUGAUCCCAUCUUUUUGAAAGCCCUGGGCUUCCUUCAUUCAAAGAAUAAGGAUUCUGCUGAAAAGCUAAAAGCUCUGCUUGAUGAGUCUUUGGCCAGAGGAAUUGAUUCAAGCUAUCGUCCUUCACAAAAGGAAGUAGAGCAACCCAAAGUGUCUAUUACCAAACCAGUUUCCAAUAAGCAGGAGCCUAAAGCUUUGUCCAGUCUGCCUUCAGGCAACAAUAAUGGCAAGCCCAUCACAACAGAAAAGGUGAAAAAAGAAACAGAGAAGAGGACUGCUGAUAAAAUGAAAGUGGAAAUUGGUGAAGGAGUUGAUGUUCCAAAGAAACCCAGGAUAGAGAAGCAAGAGGCUCGUUCAUCCCCUAUCACAGUCCAGACUAGCAAGGAUUUAUCCAUGCCUGAUCUGUCUAGUUUUGAUGAAACCAGUGCUGAUGAUUUUGCCAUGGAAAUGGGCUUAGCCUGCGUUGUUUGCCGGCAAAUGACAGUUACUUCUGGAAAUCAGUUAGUAGAGUGUCAGGAGUGCCAUAAUCUCUAUCACCAGGAUUGUCAUAAACCUCAGGUGACAGACAAAGAAGUCAAUGAUCCUCGCCUCGUGUGGUAUUGUGCCCGCUGUACCAGACAGAUGAAGAGAAUGGCUCAAAAGACUCAGAAACCACCUCAGAAACCAGCUCCUGCAGUAGUUUCAGUAGCACCAACUGUGAAAGAUCCAUUGGUAAAGAAACCUGAAAUUAAGCUCAAGCUGGAUACCCCAACAACUUUCCUAGCAUUCAAGAGGACAGAAGUCAAGACCACAGCAGCAAUUUCGGGGAACUCAGCCGGUACCAGCGUUUCCUCUUCAGCAACCAGUGGCCUUACUGGAUGGGCGGCUUUUGCAGCCAAAACCUCCUCCACCAGUCCAUCAACCAUCAAACUGGGAUCAACAGCACAGAGUACCAGCGGAAAACCUGCAGCCUCCUCUAAUAACCAGAAACCUGUGGGUUUGUCAGGGUUAACAACAUCUAAAACAGGGCUCGGGUCAAAAAUAGCUUCCAGUAACAAUAACACAAACCCUGUUCAACUAAAACCUCUUCCAUCUCUGACCUUGGGGAAAACAGGUCUGAGUCGUUCAGUGAGCAGUGACAAUGUCAGCAAAGUAGGUCUUCCUAGUCCUAGCAGCACGGCCCCAGGCAGCAGCAGCAGCCAGGUUAAUAGUGGGAAUGGAAGCAGUAGCACAACAGGUAACAGCGGGAGCAGCACCAGCAAAUCAAGUGCAGAUUCUGGCAAUCAGUCACUGUCCCUAAAAGGCCCGACUUCUCAGGAAUCACAGCUCAAUGCUAUGAAAAGGUUACAAAUGGUCAAGAAGAAGGCUGCCCAAAAGAAACUGAAGAAGUAAUAGAGCUGUCUGUUAAUCUUGUUUCUGUGUUUCUUCAAAACAAAAAUAUAUGUGAAGUAUAACAUAAAUCAUUUAAUAAAUAUCCAUGCAGC